GGUGACGGGAAAGAGGCCGCAGACCUGAACUUCCAACCGUAUGUAGGCAAGAAGCCGGUGCCGAUACUCCCACUAUCACACAAUGUCCCACUGGGCCCCAGAGUGGAAGAGAGCGGAGGCUAAUCCAAGAGACCUUGGGGCCAGCUGGGAUGCCAGGGGCAGCAGAGGCCGUGGCUGGAGUGGCGCCGUCGGCCAUCAGGGACCGAGAACAGCAGGCUCCCGUGAACCACCACUCUGCUUUAAAAUAAACAACAAUAUGGUUGGUGCGGUCAUUGGUCACGGUGGAUCAAAAAUAAAAGAUCUACAACAUUCGACAAACACUAAAAUACAGAUUAUAAAGGGGGAAUCUGAAGCAUUAGUCAGAAUUUUUGGCAACAGGGAAAUGAAAGCAAAAGCCAAAGCUAUUAUAGAAACACUUAGAAAAAAAGGAAGCUACAACUCAGAAUCCAGUGUGGCUAAUGCUGCAUCCCAACCCCCUACUAGAAUAAAUCUAGGCAGAAAUGACAUUGCUGGAGAAGCUCGGCCAUUGUCAAAUUGGGAUCGAAUUGGGGCAGCAGUCGCAGAGUGCGAAAACAGAAAAUGGGCAGAUCUACCACCAGUUAAGAAAAAUUUUUACAUAGAAUCCAAAGCAACAAGCUGCAUGUCUGAAAUGCAAGUAAUUAACUGGAGAAAGGAAAAUUUCAACAUAAUGUGUGAUGACCUGAAAAGUGGCGAAAAGCGUCUCAUCCCAAAACCAACUUGUAGGUUUAAAGACGCUUUUCAGCAAUACCCUGAUCUUCUGAAAAGCCUAACAAGGGCAGGGUUUGUAAAGCCAACGCCAAUUCAGUCACAGGCAUGGCCAAUUAUUCUACAAGGAAUAGAUCUUAUAGAAGUUGCACAAACCGGAACAGGGAAAACAUUGUCCUAUUUAAUGCCUGGGUUUAUUCAUGUUGAUUCUCAACCAUUAUCUAGAGAGCAAAGGAAUGGGCCUGGGAUGCUAGUCCUUACGCCCACUAGAGAGUUGGCUCUUCAGGUGGAAGCUGAAUGUUCAAAGUAUUCAUAUAAAGAUCUCAAAAGCAUUUGCAUAUGUGGUGGUAGAAACAGAAUUGGACAAAUAGAAGACAUUAGUAAAGAUGUAGAUAUAAUUAUUGCAACUCCUGGGAGGCUGAAUGACCUACAAAUGAAUAACUCUGUCAACCUAAGAAGCAUAACCUACUUAGUUAUGGAUGAGGCAGAUAAAAUGCUGGAUAUGGAAUUUGAACCCCAGAUAAUGAAGAUUUUAUUAGAUGUGCGCCCAGACCGGCAGACUGUUAUGACAAGUGCAACUUGGCCAGAUACCGUUCGUCAACUGGCACGUUCUUACUUGAAAGAUCCUAUGAUUGUUUAUGUUGGUAAUCUGAAUCUAGCUGCUGUACAUACAGUGAAGCAAAAUAUAAUUGUUACCACAGAAGAAGAAAAACGAGCUCUCACCCAAGAAUUCAUAGAGAACAUGUCACCCAAUGACAGAGUCAUCAUAUUUGUCAGCCAAAAAUGUAUUGCUGUUGACUUAUCAAGUGACUUCAAUAUCCAAGGCAUAUCUGUAGAAUCAUUACAUGGCAACAGUGAACAGAGUGAUAAAGAACGAGCAUUAGAGGACUUUGAAAGGGGAAACAUAAAGAUACUGAUUACAACUGAUUCAGUAUCCCGAGGUCUUGAUGUUAAUGAUGUCACACAUGUAUAUAAUUACGAUUUCCCAUGCAAUAUUGAAGAAUAUGUACACAGAGUAGGGCGCAUUGGACGGGCAGGAAAGACUGGCACAUCGGUUACCCUCAUCACUCAGAGAGAUGCGAAAAUGGCCGGUGAAUUGAUUAAAAUUCUGAAAAGAGCAAAUCAGAGUGUUCCAGAAGAUCUUGUAGUAAUAGCUGAGCAAUACAAGUUAAAUCAACAAAAGAGGGACGCAGAAACACGACCAAGAAAACCUGGACAAAGGCGCAAGAAGCUUCAUUAUCGUUUACGUUGAAAAGUUGUACCAGGCUACUAGAAGAUUCCAGGCAUGUUAAAGAUAUGCAGUAUUGAAUAUACAUAAAGAAGUAUUGGAAACACACUGGCCAUUUGAGGACAUAACUAAUUCUUAGAUAAUACUGCUAAACUUUCAA